UGGAUUGGGCGUCGAGCACCGUCAAUGGCAGCUUUAGAGUUACCUGAGACACUAUUAUGGUGGAAGAUUUUGGUAGCAGCUUGUUGGUCCCUUUUUUUUCCUUAAACACUGACACCUUAUUAAAACGAUAUCUCGAUUCUUGGCAGGAGCAUAUCGAUAACCUUUUGGGAUACAAAGUAUCACGAUAUAUCACCAUUUCGAUAUUUUGUCACACCCCUAAUCAGUCACAUCAACAGCAUCUACUGUACUGUGUAGUCCUCCUUCGCAUCUCUCACACACACUCAAGCACACGCACAUGCACACAGUGGCAGCUAUAAAAGCAGUCGCGUGAACUCUGCUGGAGUCAAAAGAAUCCAGCAGCUGAGGAUUAAGCAGGUCCUUGCGCCUUUUUUGUGGGAGGAAUGCAUUUUUAUGGACUCAUUAUGCAAAUCCUGACGUGAUCAGGGUAAAGAUUCAUCAGCCAAUCGAUGGGGAUUUCACGAGGAGCUCCGCCCACCACCUCCGCCGCCAGCCCGCCCUCCUCCACCUGCGGCCUCCCCCUCAACCCUGCCCACUCCCUCAGGCCCUCCAUACGCAAAAUGACUCUGGAAUUCACAGAAUGGUUCUCUAUAUGGAUUUUUACCCCCUGUAAUAGACAAAAACAAAAGUAAGGCGAGAGCAGAUAACGACCUCAAUGACCAAUAAGCCAUAAUCGCACAACACACACGCACUCACAGACACGCACGCGCAAACACGUUCCAUCCACGCAUCCAUCAAACAAAGAGAAUUGCACAAACAUUGAAUGUUAAGCUCUUAUUCUGUGAAAUUUCAGCUGCUUUCUUCUUUUUUUUUAUUUGGGGGAUUUUCGACAAAUAGUGGUAGUAACGCUAAUUUUGUCAGGGUAUUUUAUUUUUGCUUCUUAUGAUAAACACCAAGGAAUGAGCAAGAAUUUGUCGCCGCAGUGCCGUGAAGGGUAGAUUUUUAGUUCCUGGCUGGCCUUCAAUUGCCUCCAAUAGAGAUUAACGUAGAAAGACACAUACAGCCUUUUUGAUAACAGCACAUUUUGAUUCUAAGGUAUCCCAAAUUAUCACAGAUUUUCAACUGUAAUUCAGUUUUAAAGUCAUCUUGCGGGACCUUUUUCGGAUCAGCAUUCGUUCCCCCCAACCCGAGGCGUGCAUGCCCCCACCCGCCAUGCCUCCCCAGAGCACGGGCGCCGACGCCAUGCAGGUGGGAUCACUGAUGGUCGGCGUGGAGGCCAAAAACUCUCCGGACGAGGAAAAGGGCGUGGACGCGGCCGGAUCGGCGGGGGUGCGGAGCAACGACAACGGUGGCGAGGAGUUGGCGAGCGAGGGGUCCAUCGAGGGCAUCCCGCUGAAAAGAUGGGUGAUGCACGGCGCCGUUAUGUUCGGCCGGGAGUUCUGCUACGCCAUGGAGACGGCUUUGGUGACGCCCGUGCUUCUGCAGAUAGGUCUUCCAGAGCAGUACAACAGCUUGACGUGGUUCCUCAGCCCAGUACUGGGCCUCAUAUUCACCCCUCUGAUCGGCUCGGCUAGCGACCGCUGCACCCUGCGCUGGGGUCGCCGGAGGCCCUUCAUUCUGGCACUUUGCAUCGGAACGCUGAUCGGGGUGGCGCUAUUCCUAAAUGGAUCACUCAUAGGCUUGUCUCUGGGCGACGUUCAAGGUAGACAGCCAAUAGGAAUUGUUCUGACCGUCCUGGGAGUGGUAGUGCUGGACUUCUGCGCCGACGCAACGGAAGGACCGAUUCGAGCGUACCUUCUGGAUGUGGCGGACACGGACGACCAGGACAUGGCACUCAACAUCCACGCCGCCUCAGCAGGUCUUGGCGGUGCGGUGGGUUACGCCUUAGGUGGUCUUAAUUGGACUCACACCUUCUUAGGAGCCAUCUUUAAGUCCCAAGAGCAGAUUCUCUUUUUCUUUGCUGCCAUCCUGUUCUCUGUGUCAGUGGUGUUACAUCUGCUCAGCAUUGACGAGCAACGUUAUAUCCACCAACAUGACAGGCUGGAUCAGGAGAGUCCAGCUCCGAGCCACUCGGAUCCUCCAGCUAACGGCCGCGCCGGAAUGGUCACUCCCAGGCUGGAAAUGAUCGGAGAGGACGAAACCAUGGACAGCCUCGACCUUUACGACGCCUACAGGGACGAUCAAUCCGAGCCCGGUGACAUGGAGUUGAACUUCCUGGAGGUGGAGCUUGUGAGGAGUAAAAGCGACAGCGUCUUAGCCAUGACAGACGCCACCCUGGACCAUAUGGACCACGACGCCAUGUUCCUGUGCCACAUCGAGCCGUCCAUCUUCGCCGACCGCCUCUCCCCCUAUCACGGCUCCCCUACUGCCGCCCCUCACUUUCUCUACGCCAACCAUUGCACACCGCCUUCCCGACUAGCUUCUUUACGCCGCAGCAGCAGCGCGGGCAGUCAGGAUUUUCUACGCCCCCAAAACGGCGGCCACCCCCCAAAACUGGACAGCGGCAGGAUUUGCCGUCUUUCAGCGUUCAUGCAGGAAAUGGAAAACGACGAGGGUCAGGAGGCGUUGCUCAACAACCAGCUGAACGAGGAACGAACGCGAAACGGACGCCUGUUGGCGCGCGUUGCCGCUGGCGAAACAGAUAGUACAAAUGGACUGAGCGCUAAAGGCCGCGCGCAUCGGACUGGAAUGGUCAAAGCCGCCAGUACCGGCGCCCCCACGCGGAUUUCGCGUCACCACCACACAAUGUACCGUCAACCUUCUUGCACCUUUUCCUACUACGGCCGCGUGGGCAGCCACCGUCACCGCUAUCGGCGGGCUCACGCCGUCCUUCUCAUCAAGCCGUCACGCAGCAUGAACGACCUGUACGAAGUCGAGGCGCGACACCGACGCCCGAGCCGUCGGCGCGACCGCCACCGCAGCGGCAACACCAACUCGUCCAGCGGCGACGCCGAGAGCGAAGAGGGCGAGGUUGAGACCACCGUACGGUUGCUGUGGCUCUCCAUGCUAAAGAUGCCGCCUGAGCUUCUACGCCUUUGCGCGUGCCACCUACUCACGUGGUUCUCCAUCAUCGCUGAAGCUGUCUUCUUCACCGACUUCAUGGGUCAAGUCAUCUACCACGGAGAUCCCAUUGCUCCUGUUAAUUCCACGGAUCUGAGUAACUAUCACCAAGGCGUUCAAAUGGGAUGUUGGGGCCUGGUUAUAUACGCCAUGACUGCCGCCACGUGCUCAGCUCUCCUUCAAAAAUACCUGGAAAACUUUGACUUGAGCAUCAAGGUCAUCUACAUCUUAGGAACACUUGGAUUCUCCAUAGGAACUGCUGUUAUGGCCAUAUUUCCUAACGUCUAUGUUGCCAUGGUGAUGAUCAGCAGCAUGGGCAUCAUCUCCAUGAGUAUUUCCUAUUGUCCCUACGCCUUGCUGGGGCAGUACCAUGAAAUGAAAGAGUACAUCCAUCACAGUCCCGGCAGUUCCCGCAGAGGGUUUGGCAUUGACUGCGCCAUCUUGUCUUGCCAAGUGUACAUCAGUCAAAUCCUGGUGGCGUCUGCUUUGGGGUCCGUCGUGGAAGCUGUCGGCAGCGUGCGCGUUAUUCCCGUCGUGGCCUCCGGGGGCUCUCUGUUGGGAUUCCUCACCGCUUGCUUCCUGGUUAUAUAUCCCACACAGGGCGGGGAGGCGGGAUCAUCCAAAACUGAGAAACAGGCAUUGACCACGCUUGCCAAUCCCAGUGAAGGAGUGAAAGAAAAACCCAGCUUUUUAAAAAUCAACAAGGAGGGCAAGACCACCACGACCACCUCCUGUCACAUGGAGAAUGAAUCUGUCUUGUGAUUGACCACGCGUCAAGCCAUACACAAUCAUCACCAGUAAUACUCCGUCCCAAUCUCAAUGUGAUCUUUCAGCAGGUAAAAAAAAAUAAAUCAAGGGUUGGGGGCCGAUACCUGGACAGGAAAUCUCAGGGGCGACUGUUGACACGCUCGCACGCACAUAAACGUUACUGACCUCCUCGAAGCUGCAAUCGUUGACGACAACAAAAACGUCGAUCUUCCUCGCCGUGGACGGAAACGUUUUGUUCUGCUGAAGCUUUAAGACUCUUUACGAACUUUCAUACUUGAAAACGAGAGCCCGAAGCCCAAGUAUAAGAAUAAUAAGACAGCCCCAAAAUUGACGGCAAAGGAUGUCCAAAUCUUGUCAUUCCGGGACCACGCGAGAGAAAAGCGGAGUACGAGCAUGCAACUGACUUGUCUUUUAAGAUCGGACGUCCUUUCAGGAUUAAAAGUGAAAUUCCACAAAAGAAGGCGCCUUCACACGCAUAUAAAAAAAUAUAUAAACAGUAUACAGGGCAUUAUUAUCCCAAAUACUUCUUUGCAUGACCUCUUGAGAUGAUCUUACAAAAAAUGCUGCAUGUCUGCAGUUUAGGGAGUUUUUUUCUCUCUUUGCUGCUUCUUGUUGUUCACUUUAAUGACAUGCGGGUGGCACUCUUACUAAUAACUAACUGCACAUCAGCUGGUGAAAAAAAGAAAAACUACUUUCAAAGUCUUCCUGAGAUGUUUAUGAAGACAUGAAAUGCUGGGAGUCCACUGGAAAAAAAACGGCAAGCUGAAAACGUGGUAGUGUAUGAGAAUGUUGUCGCUGUAGAAAAGUAAACGCAAUAUGUAUAUAAUAUACAGGGGUUGGACAAAAUAAUGGAAAUCUUACAUUUUGGCAUCAUAAUCAUUGAACAUAAUUGUUAAAAAAUGGCAUGAAGAACAUUCUAAUGAAGUUCAGCAUCUCAUAUUGCCGGCAAAAUCCCCAGACCUCAACAUUAUUGAGCAUUUAAUUAAGAUGUUGAUUUCCACCCUUGUCUCUAAAAGAGCUAAGAGGAUAUUACCUUAAAAAUGGCUUAAAAUUCCUUUGGAAACAAUUCACAAGUUGUACGAAACAAUACCUUGGAGAAUUGAGGCUUUAUUUGCUGCAAAAGGCGGACCAACACCUUAUUAAAUUAGUUUUUGUUGAUUUUUUUAAGGUCUUUCCAUUAUUUUGUCCAACCACUGUAUAUUUUGCUUUAAAAAAACAUUUUUAGCAUUGACUAAUAAUUUUUUUUUUUUUUUUUU